CUCCCCCCAUUCUGCCCCCAUCAUGCCAUGACGCGAAAUCUCCCACCACAACGGCUCGGAUAUGGUGUCUCUACAAUCAUCUCUGUCCUUUCUCUCAUUUUUCCAUUUCGAUUCGUCUUCUAAGGUCUUUAAUUAGUGUUCGCCUAUGCCCUUUUAAUAACAAUUCCACCGUUUCCCCCACGUGCUGAUUACCUACCCGAUCGGCCGCCUCUUUUAUGCCAUCGCCGGCUGACUCCUUCCACAAGACGGCGGUGCCUCAACCGACCACAACUACAAUCACGACAACCCCAACAACGGCGCCAACGACGUCGCGAAAUCCCAUCCCCAGUCUUGCAUCCAUGCCGCCAAAAUGGCUGCACAUGUACAGCGACUUCAUCACUAAGAACGCCCACCAGGUCUCGCAGAUCGAGAGCGCAUUGCGAUCCUUGACCUACAUCAUCCCUGGUCGCUUCCGUGACGCCGAGAUCGCCUCCGAAACCGUCCACUCCGGCGUACAGCUACUCGCUCUGUACCACGACUCUGUGCUCCGUAAUGCCGUCAACAAGAUACCCUCUUUGUCAACCGCCAGGAUACCUGGCCCCCAUGCUCGGUACACCAGGUUUUGGGCCGCUAAGAGCGGCCUCUACCGCAGAAUAGCCCUGCUGUUACAGAUUAUACAGUACACCGAGAUGCUGUGGGAGAUGGCAGCCAAGCGCCGGGGCGAGAAGAUACGUUGGCGCGUAGUCAUAGUGCUAGAAGCUCUCAAGGCCAUCUGCCGCCUCCUCCUCAUGCGAAUAACGAGCUCGAGGCCACUCGUCACUCCUCCCCUGCCUGAGCGGGAGCCCAUACCGACCGACGAUGAUCGUUCGGACGAGGAUGCAUUGAAAGAGCUCAUGGGAGAAGAGCCUAGCCUAGCCGACGCCGACGGUUCGGCUAGAGCAGCCCAUGAGAAGGAAUGGUCCAUGCCACGGACUAGGUCAAGCCUACCAAGCCUGCCCAACCCCGCGGAUGUGAGUUCCUAUCUUCAAAGCCGGGUCUUGACAGCCGACGAUAUCAAGCCCGCAGCAAAGCUCCUCAAUACAUUAUCACGAUCUGGCAAAGCUGCUGAAAUAUUGCACAUAUUAUCGCCAUUGGUUUACGCAGUGGCCAUGUCGCAAAGCAAGGAUAAGAAAUCAUGGGCGCCAUGGGUCAUUGGACUCAGUAUAGAAUACACGGCACGGCAAUUGCGCGACCGAGGUCUACGCAGCACUUCUCUGGAACAAGAGGAGUGGGGCAAGAGAUACUGGGCGGCCGGGUGGUGGACGAUGAGAGGAGCCUUCUACGAAAAUGUCACCAAGGGGCUCAUAACCGGUGUGCGUCGGCGCAUGCCGAGCCUCGUGUCCGGCAUUCUCGAGGACUAUGAGUAUCUGUGGGAGAAUUAUUACUUUAGCACGAGCGCUUAAUAUCCCUGUACCAGUUUCCCCCCAAACCAACCCGCUAUGUCCUUUAGUUGUCCUGAAGAAUAGAACUUUGUAAGAUAGAAAGCAUAGUGGUCUCGCCGUGGAUGAAUUAUGCCAUUAAGGGAUUUUAUAAGAGUACCAACUUCAUCUCACACCACUCAGAACAGUCUACUGUCAACGUCGAGUGGCCAUAAUUAGUCGCGACUCACAUAGGUAUUAGAACGGUUAUUAUUCAAAGAUGCCCUAAUCUAAUCCGAUGGUUUGAAACUCCAG